AUGUUGGCAAAUAAAACCCGCGAUUCUUUCAUCACGGCUUUAUUUGUGACAGUUUAUACUGUCGCGAUCAUAAAUGCAUUUCCAAUAACGAUAAACGUUGAGCGUCAAUUUGAUACAUUGAUUGUGUUUGGUGAUUCCUAUUCUGAUACCGGCAACUCGUAUAAUCUGACAAACAAAACCUGGCCACUUCCGGUGUACUAUAAAGGAAGAUUUUCAAAUGGUCCAGUGUGGCCAGAAUAUUUCGCGACAACACUUGACUUGACAUUAAAAGUUUACGCGUAUGGUGGUGCGACUGUAGAUAAUAAUCUUACUCAAGGCUUCACUGGAAGUAAUUUUUCCACUAAAGUACCAGGUAUCGUACAGCAAGUAGAUACCUAUGUAGCUACUUUGCCGGCUGAUGCAAAACCUCAAGAUUUCAAAAAAACCCUUGUUUCGGUAUGGGCACUUGGUAACGACUACUUGAAUACAAACUUUACAGUCGACCCACAAAAAGUAAUCGACCACCUUUCAAAAGCAUGGACAACACUCUACAAAAAAAAUUAUCGAAACUUUUUAAUUCCUGGCAUCGGAGAACUUUCAUCUUUACCCUAUAACAGAAACACCUCAAAAGAACUUCUCCCAAAACUGCAUGACAUCAGUGUAAAGCACAACCUCUAUCUUCAGAAAGCUGCGCAAAGUUUCGUCGACACAUACCCGGAUGUGAAUCUGUGGACUUUUGCCGUGGAUCUUUUUAGCAUCGUUUUACAAGAGGUUCCGCAGUCGUUGACAGGUCUCAGUAAUUUCGUUGAUCCUUGUUUUGUGCAGUUGACUGCGACUGUGUGUCCGAAUCCUCAAGUUUACUUUUUCUGGGAUAAGUUUCAUCCGACUACGCGGCUUCACGAGUUUCUUGCUGAUGCAUUUGUGAAGACUUUGGAUCUUUAG